AUGUCGAAGAAGGCAGCAAAGCAAGCACAGUCCGGUGAUGUAGUGAUUCAAGGCUCGACAAAGGAUGCUUUUGGUGUCGCCCACAUCUAUGCGACAUUCAACGACACAUUUGUCCACGUGACCGAUAUUUCUGGCAGAGAAACGAUCAUUAGAAUUACAGGUGGUAUGAGAGUCAAGGCCGAUAAGGACGAAAGUUCCCCAUACGCCGCUAUGACAGCCGCACAAGACGUCGCGAAGAGAUGCAAGGAACUCGGAGUCACUUCCCUUCAUAUUAAGAUCAGAGGAGAGGGUGGAGUUUACUCUAAGACACCAGGCCCGGGAGCUCAAGCUGCUUUGAGAGCUCUUGCUCGUGCCGGGAUGAAAAUCGGAAGAAUCGAAGAUGUCACCCCAAUCCCAACCGACUGCACUAAGAGAAAAGGUGGAAGAAGAGGAAGAAGACUCUAA